AUGGAUAAGAUAAUGUUAUUUGUAGUUUUUAACAGAAGAUGGAAUGCAAACAACAAAUACAUUGAUCAUGAAGUGAAAAUAUUGAUGGUGGAAAAGGAUAUCAAGUAUGUGGAAUUGGUAAACAAGAUAUACAAAGAGCUCAGAUUGAAUGAAAGAUUGAUUUCAACAAACUUGAUUUUUGAUGCAAAUAUGGAUACAAGCAAAGGAAUGAAGAUAGAAAGUGAUGAGAAUUUACAAGUUUAUCUAAACUUGAACAAGACUGUGGAAGAGUUGAAAAAAUGUCCUCUCAUCGUUGAAGUAGAACAGAGAAAUCAAACCAUUUCUUUGCCAAGAGAAGCUAGCAUUCCAUCUGCUUUAGCAAGCAAUGCAACAAGUCACAGUUUGACUCUCACAGACCCCAAUAUGAAUACUGCAAGCACUAGCAAGAUGAAGAGCGCCUCAACACAAGAAUCCAACAAAUUUACAGAACACGGGCAAGAAGCUCAAUCACCUCUGCAUGUGUUGCCGAAUAUGGAGAUUGAAGACAUAAGACUCAAUUAUGUUUUCAAGAAUAAGACUGAUCUAAAACAUACACUUGCGAAAAUAGCCAUCAAGAAACACUUUCAGUACAGAAUUCAAAAAUCAUGUUCAGAAGCAUUUUGGGCAAAAUGCAUAGAUGAGAAUUGUGGCUGGUAUGUACGUGCAAGAAGCUCAAAAGUAUCAGACUACUUUCGAGUUAUCAAAUACCAUAAACACCACACAUGCUCCUUAAAUCACAGAAAUUUUGAAAAUAGACAAGCAAGUGCAAAAGUCAUCAGUAGUUACUUCAAAGAGAAGUUUCGUGACCCAGGAUCAACCUAUCGACCAAGGCAAAUAAUAAGAGACAUGAGAGAUGAACAUGGGGUAGGUGUAACAUACAAUAAAGCCUGGAGAGCAAAAACACUUGCAGCUGAUGAUGUUAGAGGGUCAAAUGAGGAAAGUUAUGCAUUGUUGCCUUCAUAUUUGUAUAUGCUACAGUUGGCCAACCCAGGAACUAUCACAAGAGUAUGUAAAGAUGAAGAAAACAGGUUUAAAUACAUGUUUAUUGCUUUUGGGGCUUCAUUAGAUGGAUGGAAGCAAUGUAGACCAGUUAUAGUGGUAGAUGGAACAUUUUUAAAGACGAAAUGUGGAGGUACACUGUAUGCAGCUUGUGUUAAAGAUGGAAACAAUCAAAUUUUUCCGCUCGCCUUUGGAAUUGGGGAUUCAGAAAAUGACAAUGCAUGGAUAUGGCAUAAAAGCAUCAAAAAUGCAGUUGAACAAGUGUAUCCUGGUGUAUAUCAUGGAGUUUUUCUUUAUCAUUUGAAGCAAAAUCUAAGGACUAAGUUUAGGGGAUUACAUGUGCAUGCCAUAUUUGAAACUGCUUCAAGAGCGUACUCAGCUCAAGAAUAUUAUUCUGCCAUGGCUGAAUUACAGAAAAUUAGCCCUGAAAUGACCACUUAUCUUUUGGAAGCAAAACCAAAAAAAUGGGCUCGGCCAUUCUUUCCAACGAAAAGGUAUAACAUUUUUACAAGUAACAUUGCCGAAUCUAUAAAUGCAGCAAUUGUGCAUGCGAGAGAAUUUCCUAUAACGUCGUUAAUAGAAGCUAUAAGAGAGAUGCUCCAAAGAUGGUUUUCAACAAGAAAAGAAGCAGCAAUCAACCAAUUUGUUGAGGUGACAAAAUGGGCAAAUGAUGAAAUGGAGAUAAAACUUGAUGUGGUAGAUGCAAUGAAAUCUAGUGUCACAUAUGGUGAUCGAGUGUUUGUUGUCGACUUGGAACAACAUAUAUGCACAUGUCAUGAAUUUCAACUAGAGGGAAUUCCAUGUGCACAUGCUAUUGCAACAAUUGAAAGCAAGUACUUGGACAAGUACAAAUUUUGCUCAAAUUGGUAUAAAAAUUCUGUUUUGAAAGAGACAUAUGCAGGAUCAAUUAAUCCUCUUCCAGAUAAAGAUGAUUGGAGUGUCCCAGAUGAAAUUAUAGGAGAUAGCAUGAAAGUUCCAAAAUUCAAAUCUAAAGACUAUAAAGAUGCAAUGUUAUACAUAUUUGUUGCGUUGUGGACUUGUGGAUAA